AUGGGUCAAAAAGCUGUCUUGCUGAAACAGAAGGCAAUCUCUCUCCUCCUGGUUAAGGUGGCUGUAGCGGGCUUGAAUGGCCAUGAUCAGAUGGUGUGCGACAUGGGGAUCUUCUUGGGCAAGAUCGGUCUCCCAGCGGUUCUGGCCAAUGAUGUUGUCGGGAAGGUAGUCACUGUCGGAAGCCAUGUGACUACAUUCCACAAAGGAGAUCGAGUUGUUUCCCAAGCCGAUUUUGGCUCUGGAACUCCGCAGAAUGGCCUCCAGGAGUAUGCAGUGUUAAACGAGCAAUUCACCGCCAGAAUUCCUGACAGUGUCACCGACGGCGACGCAGCAACGCUGCCAACAAACAUCAUUGCGUCGCUGGUCGCAUUGUUUCACGACCUCCCAAUCCCUGCUCCGUGGACGCAAGACGCCGAGGACUUCGAUUACGCGGCGACAACAUUGCUCAUCAUCGGGGGCGGCAGUGUCGCUGGUCGUUACGCAGUUCAACUGGCAAAGCUGGCUGGGAUCGGUUGGAUCGUCGUCGUCGGUGGGAAGGACGAUAAACUCAAGGAGUAUGGGGCGACUCAUGUCAUUGACCGCCAUGGCAGCCAAGACGUGGUACUGGACCGCAUUCGUCAGGUUGUUGGAGACGAUCUCAUCUAUGCAUAUGACGUUGUCAACAUGCCUGACGGCCAGCUGUUGGCUCUCAAUGCCUUGUCCAGCCAUACGAAGGGCUUUUUCACGAGGCUACUUCCAAUGCCUAUCGACGAAUCCAAGGUACUUGGAAAAAAAGCUGGCUUCGAGGUGAAAAGUGUCCUGGGUAUCUCCAGCGAGCGGCCGGAGCUGUGUCGCAAGUUCUGGAAGAGAUUACCAGAGUAUCUUGAGGAAGGAAAAAUUGUUCUUAUCCCAGAGGGUUAUCCCGUGAUAUCUGGUUUGGAUGCCGCGAAGAUCAAUGGAGUUUUGGACGGCUUUCAGAGACAGGAGACAUUGAAACACGCCCACGUACACUUGUAG